AUGUCGAGACGCCCUAAUGCACUGCUGCGGCCUUCGUCGCGGCUGCUAUACAAGCAGCAGUCAUGGUCGCCGGACAUACUCCGGGAAGAGGCGUGGCAGAGGCGAAAGGAGAAUUACUUCAGGAACAGCAGCAGCUGCCACCGGCUGGGCAAGAGCCUCUCGGAGGAGGACGUAGAUGAACUGAAGGCUUGCAUCGAACUCGGAUUCGGGUUCGAUUCACCCGAAACUGACCCGAAAUUAUCGAAUACGAUUCCGGCUUUGGAGUUGUUCCAUGCCGUUAAUAAACAGUACAACGAUCACAGCUUAUCUAGAUCCUCUUCUUCAUCAUCCAUGGUCUCCGAUAACAACAUUGCAAGCCCUACCUCAAUAUUCGAUCCAGAUGAUGAUGCGGCUGCGAAGAAGGCUCGGUUGAAACAGUGGGCGAAGGUGGUUGCUUGUGCGGUGCGGCAGUCUCUUCCACCUCCCUCCGACCAACUUCAUUAA